AUGCGAUCGAUUCUGAAGAAAAUCUUGAUCACAACAGGUGUCUUCUUUCUGAUUAACAUUCUUCUAUUGAUCAGUUUGAAAGGUUUUCAAUCACCGACGGAUAAACAUGAUCUGGCACUGCCAAUUGUCAGACCACGUCACCCAAAAUUUCCAGCACUCGCCACAUCUACACUUCCAUUCACUGUGUCUUUGCCAUCUAUUAAAAAAACCGAAACCGUUUUGCCAGUGGUUGUUUUCGGCUGUAAUCGACCACGUGCUCUCCAAAAACAUAUCGAAGCACUUCUCCGAAUUCGUAAAAAUGCCGAAUUACAUCCGAUUAUAGUCAGUCUAGAUUGUCAUGAUCAAGAUACCAUUCAAGCUGCGAAAAACUUCGGUGACAAAAUAAAACUGAUCAUUGACUUACCCGAUCUUGGUCCAAUUCAUGUCCCCGGGCAAUUUGAGCACAUGGCUGGAUAUUAUAAAAUCGCUCGUCAUUAUAACUAUUCGAUUAAUUAUGUUCUCAACAAACUUAACUAUGAUGGUAUUAUCAUAACCGAAGAUGAUUUGGAAGUCUCACCUGAUUUUCUCGAUUAUUUCCAAGCGCUGUAUCCGUUGUUAAUACACGAUAAAACCGUGUGGUGUGUAUCGGCUUGGAAUGAUAAUGGUAUUGACAAAAAGAUCGCUAAAGAUUCGACUCUUCUUCAUCGUACGGAUUUCUUCCCCGGUCUUGGUUGGCUGUUGUCGAAAACGGUUUGGACUGAAAUCAAAGAAAACUGGCCUGCAGGAUUUUGGGAUGAUUGGAUGAGAUUGCCGGAACAGCGGCGUGAUCGUUCUUGUAUUCGACCGGAAAUUUCACGGACAGCUAUGUCGCCCGAAGGAAAGAAAGGUGUUAGUCAGGGUCAACAUUAUGAGAAAUAUCUAAGAAAAAUCGUUAAAAAUAAUGAACCGGUCGACUGGAAAUCAAUCGAUAUUAGUUAUUUGAUGAAAGACCGAUACGACCCAAUGUUUCAAGCCCGUGUUGAUGCUUGUCCAGUCAUCACUGUGUCUGAUUUAGGACACCUGAAAUCCGAAAUGAAGUGUGCUCAGAUACGUUAUAGCAACGAGAAAGAAUUCGUUGCCGUGGCUAAUGCUCUGGAAAUUAUGAAUGAUUUGAAGAGUAACGUACCUCGAACGGCGUAUCGCGGCGUUGUUCAAUGUCAGCAUGGUCCAACAACAGUUUAUGUCACACCAAGUCAACGACCAUGGAGAGGCUAUUGA